AUGCAUUUGAGCAACCUCGUCGAGGUCGGGUUCAACCGGAACACACGCUUCAUCUGGCUGAAACAGCACAAGACCUUUAAGUAUUGGUUCAAGGUCCUUGAAGCCUCCUCAUAUGAUCCCGAGAUUACGGCGUUUAUUGAGGAUCAUCGGAUGCGGAAGUUGACAGGAGUCAAAAGCAAGGAGAUGAUGAUCUGGAUUACUCUUUCUGAUAUUUCUGAGGAUAAUCCUAAUCCUACCAAAAUCACGUUUACUACUCCCAUGGGGUUGUCAAAGAGUUUUCCGGUGACAGCGUUUGAAGAGGAGGCCGAAGAGAUUAAAUGA